CACAUGGCUGUUUAUUGUCCGGUGGAGAACACCAACAACAGUCCACAUUGCCCAAUGCCCUGCCCACCAUGGAAUCUUCCUUUUUCUUCUCUCUCUCUCCUCUCUCUCUCACACACACACAAGAGAGACUCUUUAAUUAUUUUUUGUUGGAAUUAAAGAUAAAGGUAAAGCUUGGUCAGGUCAGGACUAUUUAAUCUCCCAUGCCAUCACUAUCAGCAUGUUCAUAUAUACAUACAUAUAUAUAUAUAUCUAACUGUAUUAUUUGCAUGGUUAAGAAUAGUUGAUUUACUUUGGCCAUGAUAUUUCCUAAUGCAAACAAUGUUGGCUUUAUAAUUUCUUUGCAAUAUUUCCUCCAUUGAAUUUUAAAUUUAGUAUUUAUGUUUCUUUCUGUUAUUAACCUGGAAAUGGUGAAAGCAACAGGUUAGAAGGAAACAAGCACUGGCAAGCAAAAUGCAGAGAAAAGAAGGACCAUAACUGCAAAUUCAGAAAAGAGGAGGACAUGAUCGUAAAGAAUCUCUCAUUAUAUUCCCCCAGUCAGCAACCACUAGGAGAAAGUAAAUCCGGACAGUCCACCAGAAACAAACAGGUCAGCCUUGUCAAUCCAGAAUAAAAGACAAAAAAAGCAAGCUCUUGUUCAAGAACUCACUCCACACCAAAUAUGGGCGUGUUUUCGACUACUUCCAGGUACUCAUUGGCUUUCCUUGUGAUGAUGAAUCUCUGUUUGAAAGCAAUGGCUUCAGAAUCAGACAUAGACUUUUCCUUCAAGAAUUUUGGUAAAGUUGAGCCACACCUUGCUCUUUAUGGUGAUGCCGAGGUUAAUAAUCAUAGUAGUUCGAUUCAAAUUUCUGGGUCGACGAAUUUCAGUGCUGGGAGGCUUAUUUUCAGAAAGCCCAUCAAUCUUGUUGGGGCAAAUCCAAGAACCAUGGUAUCUUUCUCGACUUAUUUUGCCUUUUCAAUUUCUGGAGAAAAUGGGGAUGGUUUGGCCUUUGUUGUGCUCCCUGUUGAGUUCCCUUUAAAUAUUUUCGAUGGUGGGUCGAUGGGAUUGUUGAGGGAUAGAAAGAUUAAGUUUCUUGCUGUUGAACUCGACACUUACAUGGAUAAGACAUAUAAUGAUGUCAACAACAACCAUGUUGGGCUUGAUAUCGAAACCCCUGUCUCUGUUAAAGUUGGAAAUCUUUCAUCUGUCAAUUUGGUGCUCAACAAUGGUGAAAAGUUGCAAUGUUGGAUCGAUUAUGAAGCGAGUGGUAAGAGAAUUGAAGUUAGGGUUAGUAAAUUUGGUGAAACUAAGCCUGUUGAUCCAUUACUGUUUUAUUACCCUUUAGAUUUGUCACAAAUGUGGGGAGAUGAGAAAAAUGGUGUCUUUGUGGGAUUUGUUUCUUCGAAUGGGAAUUCUUCGCAGAAGAUUAGUAUUCAUUCAUGGAGCUUUAAAUCGAGAAUGCCGCCGCCAAGAUGGAUGCAUUCUGAGCCGUUGGAUCCUGACAAUGUUGUGGAGAUCAAAGGUGAAGAAGGGAUAAGGUCAAUCCCUAAGAGAAGUGAUUGCACUUCAAGAGUUGUUCUUGCACUCGUGUUUGGCGCCGGAUGUGGCGUGAUUGUGGCGUUCUUUAUUGUGUUUGUUUGGAUUGUUGUCGGGAGUAAACGGCCGGUUGCGCCGGAGGAAUUGGCCGGGAAAGGGAAUGAGUUUGAGUACAAGAAGUUUGGUGAAGAAAGAGCCAUCAAAGAUGGAGAUGGAAAUGGAGAGAAGUGAUGUGUUUGGUAUUGUUUUGUGGGGUUUGUGUAAAUCAGAAUUUCUUGUUUUGUGUUUUUGUUAGGGGCCAAGAAUGUGUGAGUGUGAGUGUGAUCUUUUGAUGUUGGAUGGUGCUGUAAUUUAAUGAUCAAUCAUUCAAAAUUUGUAGUAGUUUUUUUUGGUAUGUACUAUGUGUUUUGAUCAUUGGAAUACAGCUUCUUCAUCUGGGAAAAAUGUGGGCAUUUUAUUAUUAUUAGUAUUAUUACUAUUUACUCUUUACUCU